GGGUCGCGGGUUCGAGGCCCGGCCGCGCCUGGGGCGCCGGGGAGCGGCGCCGCCAUGUCCCUCCUGUGCGUGCGCGUUAAGAGAGCCAAGCUCCAGGGGCCCCCAGAAAAAUUCAACACGUACGUGACCCUGAAAGUGCAAAAUGUGAAGAGCACAACUGUCACCGUUCGAGGGGACCAGCCAUGCUGGGAGCAAGACUUCCUCUUUGAGAUCAGCCGCCUGGACCUGGGCUUGAUUGUGGAAGUGUGGAACAAAGGGCUGAUUUGGGACACAAUGGUUGGGACGGCGUGGAUGGCGCUGAAAGCCAUCCGGCAAUCGGAGGAGGAGGGCCCUGGGGAGUGGUCUACGCUGGAGGCAGAAGUCCUAAUGAAGGACCACGAGGUCUGUGGUACCAAAAACCCAACGCCUCAUAAGAUCUUGCUGGAUGCACGAUUUGAAUUACCAUUUGACAUUCCGGAAGAGGAAGCCAAAUACUGGACCAGAAAGUUGAAGCAGAUGAACUUCCUGGAAGAAGGCGACGAGCAUUUGUUUGAGGAAGACGUCCAGAGCCAGGCGCUGCCAGCUGCUCCCUCCCAGUGCUCUUCCGAAGACCACGACAGCGCUGUGGAGGACAGGGACAGCGACUACCGCAGCGAAGCCAGCAACAGCAUGCCUCCCCCAUACCACACAACCUCACAGCCAAACGCCUCCGUGCACCAGUUCCCCAUGGCGUCUCGUUUGCAGCAACAAGGCGUCUCCCGAGAGGUUGGUCUGGAGCCCACACACGGUUAUGAGCAGGAUUACCGGGAGCGCGCAGCCAUCAGUUCUGCCAGCAGUAGUAGGUUUGGUUCCUCCUGUAACGUCAGUCAGGGGAGUUCUCAUCUGAGUGAGCAGGAACAUUCUCAGGGGAGUGCCCCCGACUCGGAACACGAGGAGGAGCUGCCAGAAGGGGCCUUGUCUGCCCUCCACCCAAGGGAGGCCCACAGAUUGUCUAGUGAGCGACACAAGCCACAAGCAGCACAAGCCGAAGGAGAGGAGAAGGUGUCGGAGGGCAAGGAGAAAGUGAAAGAACCCGCUUUGCUUAACCUGCCUCCAGAAGGGGAGAAGGCCAAAGAGGUUUCCACAAGGCCACCUGACAGUGACCUCAAUGGAAGUGAACCUCUGCUGUUUCCCCCGGCAAGAGCCCGCUGGAUCCGAGCGAUUAACCAAGUCCGGCUUCAGUUUCAGGAGGGACAGGAUGAUGGCAGUCUGUCACCGUCACCGUGGCUUAAAGCAGGGCCGGCCGGUGGCCUCUACGGCAUCGAUAGCAUGCCUGACCUACGCAAGAAGAAGCCCCUCCCACUUGUCAGUGACUUGUCUCUGGUCCAGUCUCGGAAGGCUGGCAUUACCUCGGCCAUGGCCACCCGAACGUCUCUCAAGGACGAGGAUCUGAAAUCUCAUGUCUAUAAGAAGACACUGCAAGCCUUAAUCUACCCCAUUUCCUGCACAACCCCCCACAACUUCGAGGUGUGGACCGCCACCACCCCCACAUACUGCUAUGAGUGUGAGGGGCUCUUGUGGGGCAUCGCACGGCAGGGGAUGCGCUGCACGGAAUGCGGGGUCAAGUGUCACGAGAAGUGCCAGGACCUCCUCAACGCUGACUGCUUGCAGAGAGCGGCGGAGAAGAGCUCGAAGCAGGGGGCUGAGGAUCGCACCCAGAACAUCAUCAUGGCCAUGAAAGACCGCAUGAAGAUCCGGGAGAGGAACAAGCCCGAGAUCUUCGACGUGAUCCGGGAGGUGUUUGGCGAGAGCAGGCUGGCCCACGCCCAGCAGAUGAAGGUGGUGAAGCAGAGCGUGCUGGACGGCACCUCCAAGUGGUCAGCCAAAAUCACCAUCACGGUGUUCUGUGCUCAAGGCCUGCAAGCAAAGGACAAAACGGGGUCCAGCGACCCUUACGUCACAGUGCAAGUCGGCAAAACCAAGAAGCGAACAAAAACUAUUUUUGGCAAUCUGAAUCCUGUCUGGGAGGAGAAGUUCUACUUUGAGUGCCAUAACUCUUCUGAUCGGAUCAAAGUGCGGGUCUGGGAUGAGGACGAUGAUAUCAAAUCCCGCGUCAAGCAGAGGCUGAAACGCGAGUCAGACGAUUUCCUGGGGCAAACCAUCAUCGAGGUGCGAACUUUGAGUGGGGAGAUGGACGUCUGGUACAAUCUCGAGAAAAGGACAGACAAGUCUGCUGUGUCGGGCGCCAUCCGCUUGCAGAUCAGCGUGGAAAUCAAAGGCGAGGAGAAGGUGGCUCCGUACCACGUCCAGUACACUUGCCUUCAUGAGAACCUCUUUCACCACUUGACGGACAUCCAAGGGAACGGGGUGGUGAAGAUCCCCGAUGCCAAAGGAGAUGAUGCCUGGAAGGUUUACUUUGAUGAGACGGGGCAGGAGAUUGUGGAUGAGUUUGCGAUGCGUUACGGGAUCGAGUCCAUCUAUCAGGCCAUGACGCACUUUGCAUGCCUCUCCUCCAAGUACAUGUGUCCUGGCGUGCCAGCCGUGAUGAGCACCUUGCUUGCCAACAUCAAUGCCUACUAUGCCCACACCACAGCCUCCACCAACGUGUCUGCCUCGGAUCGCUUUGCUGCCUCAAACUUCGGGAAAGAGAGAUUUGUGAAACUUCUGGACCAGCUGCACAAUUCUCUCCGAAUUGAUCUGUCCAUGUACAGGAACAAUUUCCCAGCCAGCAGCCGGGAACGUUUGCAAGACUUAAAAUCAACUGUGGACCUGCUGACAAGCAUCACAUUUUUCAGAAUGAAGGUCCAGGAACUGCAAAGCCCGCCUCGUGCCAGUCAAGUGGUGAAGGACUGUGUCAAAGCCUGCCUGAACUCUACCUACGAGUACAUCUUCAACAACUGUCAUGAGUUGUACAGUCGCGAGUACCAGGUGGACCCUAACAAAGCUCAGGAUGCGCCUCCCGAGGAGCAGGGCCCCAGCAUCAAGAACCUGGACUUCUGGCCCAAGCUCAUCACCCUGAUCGUUUCUAUCAUCGAGGAGGACAAGAACUCCUACGCCCCCGUCCUGAACCAGUUUCCUCAGGAGCUCGCGGUUGGGAAGAUCAGCGCUGAAGUCAUGUGGAAUCUCUUUGCUCAGGAUAUGAAAUACGCCAUGGAAGAGCACGAGAGGCACCGGCUGUGCAAGAGCGCCGACUACAUGAAUUUGCACUUCAAAGUGAAGUGGCUGUACAAUGAAUAUGUCCGUGAGCUGCCAGCCGUCGAGGGGAAGGUGCCUGAAUACCCAGCGUGGUUUGAGCAGUUUGUUAUGCAGUGGCUGGAUGAGAACGAAGAUGUGUCUUUGGAGUUCUUGCACGGAGCCCUGGAGAGAGAUAAGAAGGACGGGUUCCAGCAGACGUCGGAGCACGCCCUCUUCUCCUGCUCGGUGGUGGAUGUCUUCACGCAGCUCAACCAGAGCUUUGAAAUCCUCAAGAAGCUGGAGUGCCCGGACCCUGUCGUCGUGGCCCGUUACAUGCGCCGCUUUGCCAAGACCAUCGGGAAGGUGCUGAUGCGGUACGCAGACAUCGUCUCCCGGAGCUUCCAGUCCUGCUGCUUCAAGGAGAGGCUGCCCUGCAUCCUGAUGAACAACAUCCAGCAGCUGAGGGUGCAGCUGGAGAAGAUGUUUGAGGCCAUGGGUGGUAAGGAGCUGGACCCAGAAGCCAGCGACGCCCUCAAGGAGCUGCAGGUGAAGCUGAACAAUGUCUUGGAUGAGCUGAGCACCGUCUUCGGCAACAGUUUCCAGAGCCGGAUUGACGAGUGUGUCAAGCAGAUGUCGGACAUCCUGUGCCAAGUGAAGGGGGCGGGAAACGCCGCUCCAAACAUCGUGGCCCAAGAUGCAGACAAUGUCCUGAGGCCCUUAAUGGACUUUCUGGACAGCAACCUGACCCUGUUUGCUGCAGUCUGUGAGAAGACGGUGCUGAAGCGGGUGCUGAAGGACCUCUGGCGGGUCGUGAUGAACACCCUGGAGAAGAUGAUCGUUCUGCCGCCUCUGACAGACCACACGGGGACCCAGCUGAUUUUCAGUGCUGCUAAGGAGUUGGGACAUUUGUCAAAACUGAAGGACCACAUGGCCAGGGAGGAGACCCGGAGCCUCACCCCGAAGCAGUGCGCAGUGCUGGAGCUGGCCCUCGACACCAUCAAGCAAUAUUUCCAUGCCGGUGGGAAUGGCCUGAAGAAGACCUUCCUGGAGAAGAGCUCGGACCUGCAGUCGCUGCGCUACGCCCUCUCCCUCUACACCCAGACGACAGACACCCUGAUCAAGACCUUCGUCCAGACGCAGACUGCGCAAGGCUCGGGCGUGGAUGACCCUGUGGGCGAAGUGUCCAUCCAGAUCGACCUGUACACUCACCCGGGCACCGGAGAGCACAAGGUCACGGUCAAAGUCGUGGCUGCCAAUGACCUGAAGUGGCAAACGUCUGGCAUGUUCCGCCCCUUUGUGGAGGUCACCAUGAUCGGACCACACCAAAGCGACAAGAAGCGGAAAUUUACCACCAAGUCAAAGAGUAACAACUGGACUCCCAAGUACAACGAAACAUUCCACUUCCUGCUUGGGAAUGAGGCCGGGCCGGACGCCUACGAGCUGCAGGUGUGCGUGAAGGACUACUGCUUUGCCCGUGAGGACCGCGUCCUGGGCAUUGCUGUGAUGCAGCUGAGGGACGUCGCGGACAAGGGGAGCUGUGCGUGCUGGUGCCCGCUGGGGCGCAGGGUGCACAUGGACGACACGGGGCUCACUGUUCUGCGGAUUCUCUCACAAAGGACAAAUGAUGAGGUGGCCAAGGAGUUCGUCAAGCUGAAAUCAGAGUCGCGCUCAGCAGAGGAAGCCAGCUGAGCCCCCGGCGGCCGCACUCUGUGCACCUCGUGCCACGUGGCGCUUUGCCCCUUUGAACCCCAGGGGGAUCUUCUUCACCUCCCUGCCCUCUGCGGAAGAUGCCCGGACAGAAGAAGGAGCUCUCCGAUCGAGGCAGAAGGGCGGUGGUGUGGGCGUGUGAUCUGGUUUCCCUGCCACUUGCUGUGCCCCCUGCCUGCAUCUCUGGACUUGGCCGUUCUUUGCUGGAGGGGGAAUGCAGGUGACGAGGGGGCCUUGCGGUGGGGGAGAGGGGAGUUUGAACCCUGCACAUUCCACCAGCAAACUGCAGGGAAGGUGGGCAGAGUUUUUCGGGGCGGUGGCAGAAAUGGGCUGAUGUGGCAGCUGCGUCAUGCCCGUUGGGCGGAUGUGGCCCAUUUCUGCACGUGGGAAUUCUGAAAGUGGCUCCUAACGGCCCAGGGGAAUUGAGGUGCUCUGCUGUCUGCUGGGGAAGGAGCACAACGGAAACCAAAAAAAACCCCCAUCUCAGCGUUGUCCUCUGUCGGGGCUGCCUUAUUUUCCACUGAGUUCUGUUGCUGUCCUCCCCGCCACCCCCCGGUGUUGCUGUUGAACUCUGUGGGGAGCACGUCCACACGGUGUGACCCUCGCCCAGGGGAAUCCUUCUGCACUUGGCUCCAGGCAUGGGCUGAUCUGGUCCCUCGUGCGUCACGUACUGUAGCCCUCUCAGUGAGCACUUGAGGACUGCACGUGGUGGGGGGUGUCUGUGUACAUAUUUGGGGGCUUGUUUUUCUAUUUUUGUCUUGGCCCUUGUACAGCUGUAUGAUAGGAACCUUCUAUUUCCCAAACCUGCUUUUAGACACUGCUCAGCUCUUGUCCCUGGAUGGAAUCUAUGGAUGCUCUUUGGAGCACUGCAAAGUUGUCGUUGCGAUUUUUAAUCACUGUUUUAUGUGCCCAUGUUGCAAGAAGCAGCUAAGGUAGCCUCGAAUAAAUUACCUUGU